CUUAAGUUUUGGGGUCUCUGGGCUGUUAUAAAAUGUUUAAUUUCCAGAGAAGCCAGGUCGCAGCCGGAGCUGAUAUGAAUGUGGAUUUGCAUGUGCCGAAUCGCGAUUGUCCGGACCAACUAAAAGUAAACAAAUAAUAAUCGCCCAGCACCAACGGCAGAAACCGGUCUGCCAGUGAGAUAGAGACACAGGCUGAGUCAGAGGCUUCGGAUUCUUUGGAUUAGUGCGGAAAUCGAGGAUUCAGAAUGCUAGGAUUGUGCUUGGGAAUAGCCCUGCUACUUGGUUUUGGACUAACCAAUUGCUACAAGAUCCCUUCACCAACGGUGGAGCUUCUGGAGAAUGGUUUUAGCGUAUCUAUUCCAGAUGAAGAAGGCGUCAAAGUGGUGGCUUUCAAUGUGAAUCGCAAUCGAAAUUUCACUUCCUUUAUUAACGAGGGACAGUACAAUGUGAGAUUAACAGAGCCCCAGAACGGCAGAUGGACUAGUAAUUUCAGUUCGGUGCCCCUGAGGGCCCAGGAUGUCCUAUAUCUUUGGACGAGUGUGCAGCAUCUGAAGGCUGUGUACCAGGAUCUGGCGCAACCCUUGACGGUCUGUAAUCUAGGUGGAAAUUAUCGACCCAGAGGUUGUUCCCCCAAUGAUGAUGAUUUCACGGAUGACAAUGUAUUGAGUACUGAAGGCAGUACUCCGGAUUCUUCAGCUCCCUCCGUCUGUGAACCCUCUGAAACUCAGGUUUCGCCACAAAUCAGUGCUCCCAUCUGUAAGGGGCAACUUUUGUUUGAGGAGACAUUCGACCAGCUGAAUGAAUCCCUGUGGAUACACGAUGUGCGCCUGCCAUUGGACUCCAAGGAUGCGGAAUUCGUCUUGUAUGAUGGGAAGGCUAGAGCUCAGGAUGGGCACCUGGUGAUAGAGCCGCUUCUUUGGUCCAGCUAUCGUCCGGACUUGUCCAUUGCCAAUUCCAGACUCGACCUCUCAGAGCGUUGUACGGGAACCCACAAUCGACUCAAGGAAUGUACGCUGCACUCGAUGGGCAGUGGACCCAGUGGAAUUAUGCCACCCAUUGUAACGCCUCGUAUUAACACCAAGGAAACCUUUGCCUUCCAAUACGGACGGAUUGAGAUUCGGGCCAAGUUACCAAAAGGCGAUUGGAUAGUACCCCUCCUGCUACUUGAACCCCUGACCGAGUGGUACGGCCAAUCGGGCUAUGAGUCCGGGCAGCUGCGAGUGGCAUUGGCCAGAGGUAACUCCGUGCUGAGGAUGCCGCGAGGAAAGCUCGUGGAUGGCAGAUCGCUAUAUGGUGGUCCCGUGCUCUCCACGGAUGCCCAUCAAAGGGAGGACUUGUGGCUGAGCAAGCGAAAGAUCUCGCACUUCGGCGAUGAUUUUCACACGUACAGUUUGGAUUGGAGUAGCAAUCGUCUGUUGUUCUCAGUCGAUGGGCAAGUUUAUGGAGAGAUGCUAAAUGGCUUUACGGAGUUGAACGAGAAUCCGAGGUGGAAACAGGGCGGUCCCAUGGCUCCAUUCGACAGGAUGUUCUACAUAUCUUUGGGCCUCUCUGUUGGCGGUUUUGGCGACUUUGUGGACAAUCUUCGUACCGCCAGCUACGAGAAACCUUGGACGAAUUACCAUCCCCAGGCGAAGCUGCAGUUCCACCAGGCCCAAGAUCAGUGGCUUCCUACAUGGAAGCAGCCCUCUUUGAAGAUCGAUUUCAUACGUGUCUUUGCCAACUGAUAAUCCAUAGCUCUAUCGAUGUUAAUAUAAUUACAUAUUAGUGUAUUUAUAUGCA